AUCUGUCAGUGGAUCAGCUGAUCGGGGCUAUUCACGUACGUGCAAUCAGCUGAGCGUAAUCAUGAACGAGUUGACCGAAGAAGAUUUCGUGGUACCACCGGUUAAAUACGAGUAUUUGGACCACACCGCUGAUGUACAACUACAUGCAUGGGGCGAAACUAUGGAAGAAGCUUUCGAACAAUGUGCAAUUGCCAUGUUUGGGUACAUGACGGAUUUAGAACGAGUGGAAAUGUCGCAGAUGCAUCACAUAGAAGCAGACGGAGACGACUUGGAAGGUCUUCUUUUUCAUUUCCUCGAUGAACUGCUGUUCAUGUUCUCUGCUGAACCCUACAUCGUGGCAAAGAAAGUGAAAAUCACUGAAUUCGACCGAGUCAAUUUCAAGAUCAAGGCUUGGGCUCUAGGCGAGGAGUUUACCAUCGGGAAACAUUCGCAGAACGCCGAGGUGAAGGCGAUCACGUAUUCGGCUAUGCAGAUCGUCGAUCGGCCGAGGACGGAGCAUCCUGAGAUUUUCGUGAUCGUCGAUAUAUAGCCGAUUCUGGUCGACGUUCCGUUGCGCGAUUCCUUGCCGCGCCCUCGGCGUUCGACUCGGGUUUGCGCCUGAGAAACGAAAGUGGGGACGACCGUAUGGUCAUGAAAGCAAGAAGGGAGGUGUACGCUCUCCCUUACGUCCUACAUAGGGUACGAUCCUUUUGUAGUUGCGUAGGGUUCAAAUAAAUACGUUACGAAGAAAACACCGGGCUCCCUUCUUGGCGACCUACGCCAGGUGCGUAGCAACGCAUCGACGAAACCUGAAGAUACCGUCGCGAAACGAGAACGACAAAGUAAAGUUCGACGUCGAGCGCAGUAAAUUGUAUUUUUUAUUAUACUAUCAAUACCGACGGAAUGUUUUAACUGUUGAACGAGGCUUGUACGAGAAAUAACGUUACAGAAUUUUUGUACAGUUCUAUGAACGUGAAAUAAAUAUAUUUCUCUACUG